AUGUUCAAAUUGUUCGCUACCUGCCUCCUUGCUCUCUUCGCUGGUGCCUUCGGUGCCGCUAAACCUGGUCUUUUGGCAGUUGCUGCUGCCUAUGCCGCUCCAGUUGCCGCUGCUUACUCCGCACCUCUCGCCUACACCGCAGGAUAUGCUGGUUACGUCGCACCAUACGCCAGCAGCUACUCCGCUCACUCCAUUGCCCACUCCGCCGCUUUCCCAGCUGCCUAUGCUGCCGCACCAGUAGUCGCCGCUCCAGCACCAGUGCUCGCUGCUGCCCCAGCUGUUGCUGUAUUGAAGAAGUAG